UAAGGAGUAGGGACAUAGGUAUUAGGGUUGGCCAAACCCUUAGCAAGAGUUUGCAAGGUGUCGACCGAAGACUAUCGGCUUCCCUCUUCUUUCGAUAGCGCUCGACUUGGGAGAGAUCUGCAGUCUGCUCUCCAAUAUAAAGGAUUGCGUUUGUUGCCGCCUUCUCUCUGUUUGGCUGCCUAUCCUUCUCUAUCCCAGGUGUAUCUAUAGUUCCGGACGGCACCAUCAACGAAUUACUGUUAACUUAACAACAUUCGCCAACUCGAUGGCGUACCUUCGGCGUAGUUUAUCAACCAGAGCGGCUGACCUCGUGAGGUGUCGAUGCAAUCAUUCUCUUCCCACCUCCCUAAACGGCCUUGAUGAGCACAAAGAAGAUCCUCCUUUCCCCCAAACACAGCAGUGGGGGAGGACUUUUAAAAGUCUAGUGGGAGCCAGAAUUGACGCCACGGCCCGUGUUAGGUCGCUUACCUCUCCUGGCUCUGUUUUGCUCGUUCGACGGAUGUGCAUCGGAGCUUCUGGUUCUCGGUACAUGUCCACCGUGGUCGGCGGGACCCCCGACGGAAACGAUGGAGUAUCAGGCGUCCUAAUCGAUGCAUCCGCGCAAGCCGCCCCUACUGCUCUGAGUGAAGUUUCCGUUGCUACCGCUGAUUCUUUCUUUCCUGUGGCAGCUCUCCAACAUUUUAUUGACGCUAUCCAUUCCUUUACUGGCUUCAACUGGUGGGCAUCCAUAGUCAUAGCUACGGUACUGAUCCGAGGAGCGAUGCUGCCCCUCGUAAUAAAUCAACUGAAAGCCACCGCAAAACUUAGCAUUAUAAGACCACAGAUGGAGGAAAUUAAUCAGAGAAUGCAAGCUAAGGGCAUGGAUCCCACUGCUGUUUCGGAUGGUCAAAAGCAAAUUAAGAAGCUUUUCAAGGACAAUGGCGUGCAUCCUUUAACUCCACUGAAGGGGCUCAUUUUCCAAGGUCCUGUCUUUAUCAGUUUUUUCCUUGCUAUUUCAAAUAUGGUAGAAAAAGUGCCGUCCUUUAAAACUGGUGGUGCUUACUGGUUCGUUGAUCUCACUACCCCUGAUAGUCUGUACAUCUUACCAGUUUUGACCGGACUGACAUUUUUGAUAACUGUUGAGUCCAACAUGCAGGAAGGAUUGGAAGGAAAUCCAGCAGGUGGAACCAUGAAGAAGAUUUUGAGGGUAAUUGCUGUUGCUUCUGUUCCACUCACGAUGACUUUUCAAAAGGCUAUGUUUUGCUAUUGGAUAACAUCAAAUAUGUUUUCGCUUGGAUAUGGCCUCGCGUUGAAAGUUCCAGGGGUGAAGAAAGGCUUGGGUAUUCCUGAGGUGCCUGUGGCUGCUGCAUCUAGUGCUGCUGCUUCGCAGACUUCAUUCAAUCUAUUUUCAGCACUCAAACGGGCAGCAGCUGCUAGAGAUCAGCCAGGAUCAUCGCCGCCGAUUGUUCAACCCAAGUUUGCUGAUCAUAGGGUAUCGUCUGCACGUUCGAUUGUAAGUCAAAGGGUCAAGAAUCUGGAGAAACAAAUAAAGCGGAGAAGUAACAAGACAAGGUGAGAGUUAGGUGUGGCAACUACUGCAUUGGAUGCUGUUGGGUACUUCUUUUUAUAUUCUUUAUUUAGAAACAUGACUUUGUGCGCUGAGUUUCGUAUAUAGUGAAUAUUUGAGAUAGAUGAAUGAUGUAGGCUGUAGCUUGAUAUCUUGUAUUUCAUUUUCAAGGGUGAGAUGAAAAUACAUGGGAAAGAAAACCCAACCGUUAGCACUUCAAAAGGUUCUUGGAAACUGAAAACAAGUUUAUGCUUGCGGUUUUAUGAUCGCAGAUUACCGACAAAUUCCGGCGGAGGAAGAAAGCGGGGAAUACGUUAGCGUGCCGACUUAAUAUUUGGUCCAUAUUGGGACGAGUUAGGUCCUGAGUUGGGAUGAUUACCACUAUUUUAGUAGCCACGGUGGCUAUUGUUCAUUUUUCUUGUUUUUUUUUAAAUUGACGAUUAGGAAUUAGGAUAGAGUUAUUCACCCAUCAUUAAUUAAAUCUGGACCUUUGGAUUUGAGUGACCUAGAAAGUUUAGAUCUAAGUGGUGGGGUUUUAUGACUAUUUAUUUUCUCUAGUUUUCUUAAUAAGUUUUUAUCUUUUUUGUUCUAACUCGAAUUUCAAAAAAAUUUGUACAAAUGGAACAAGUUAGUUGU